AUGACUUGCAAUGGGACAGGCCACCCCUCUUUCUUCAUUCUCCAAGGCAUCCCUGGGAUGGAGGACAAGCACAGAUGGAUGUCUAUCCCCUUCUCCUCCAUGUACUUCAUCACUGUGAUUGACAACAGCACCAUCCUCUUCACCAUCUCCACGGAGCGCUCCCUGCACAAGCCCAUGUUCCUGCUCCUCUUCAUGUUGGCCCUCACAGACUUGGGCAUGUCUACAACCACCAUUCCUAAAGUGCUGUGCAUAUUCUGGUUUGGCCAGAGCAAGAUCAGCUACGAAGGCUGUCUGGUCCAGCUGUUCUUCAUCCACUCCAUCUCAACCAUGCAGUCAUCUAUCCUGAUGACCAUGGCCUUUGACCGCUACGUGGCCAUCUGCAAGCCUCUGCAUUAUGCCACCACCCUGUCUAAUAGUCGUAUUGAGAUCAUUGGCCUCGUGAGCCUGGUACGAGCUGUCCUCUUUAUUCUCCCCAUGCCCAUCCUUCUCCAGCGCAUGCCCUUUCAUGCUAGUCAUGUCAUCCCCACCACCUACUGUGAGCACAUGGCUGUGGUGAAGAUGGUAUGUGUGGACACCACAGUCAACCGCAUAUAUGGUCUGGUGGUGGCCCUGCUGGUGGUUGGGCUGGACAUCUCAGCUAUUGCUUCAUCUUAUGUGUUGAUCAUCCGGGCUAUCAUGCAUCUCUCUUCUAAGGAAGCUCACCACAAAGCAGUCAACACAUGCACCACACAUAUCUGUGUCAUGCUAGUUUCUUACACCCCCUCGCUCUUCUCUUUUCUGACUCACCGCUUUGGCCGAGGCAUCCCACCCCAUGUUCACACCAUUCUUGGUAACCUCUACUUCCUUGUGCCUCCAAUGCUCAAUCCUAUUAUUUAUGGAGUAAAAACCAAGGAGUUUCGGGACAAAGUGACCAAAUAUUUGUGCUGGACGAAGGAGUCCAUAAUUUUUGCCCAUAGCCAGAAACUUGUUUGA